ACAGCAGAGUUCCAUAGCUUUGACGUUCAACCUCCUUCAACAACCUAUAGGGUGCGUGCUUGCUCAUAGCUUUCCUGUGAGUCUGUGCGUAAUGACGCAUCCGUCCUCCAGCGCUUCUCCUCCUCCCUCCUGUCACAUCUGGAUCUGGCUCCUCUCAUCAGCACCACUCAGCGCAGUGAGGGAGAGAGAGAGAGGGAGGGAGGGAAACGACCGGAGAAGCGAGGCUAGCUCGGUCGGUGCAGCCUCAUCCACAACCGAGCAGAAUCAAGGAGAGGAGAGCAGAAGGAAGGACACCUCGCCUUCUCCUCCGCACUCACGGAUACUGUGCAUCUCCUCUGUCCUCCAUCCGUCAGUCCAGCUUCUUUUUUUUUCCUUCUCCUUCUCUUCCCUCAUCUUGUCUUGAGUAUGAUGAGCUCCAGCCUGCUGGAAAACCCAGUGCAGGCGAUUCUGUACCUGCGGGAGCUCACCACCAUCGUCCAGAACCAGCAGAGUCUCAUCCAGACCCAGCGCUCCCGGAUAGAGGAGUUGGACCGGCGGGUGGACGAGCUCAUCGGCGAGAACAGGCACCUGCGGGACGUCAGGGUACAGCAACACCAUCCUUACCUCCACCACCACCACCAUCACCCCGACCCCAGCUGCAUUCAGCACCACCACCACCACCCUCAGGACCCCCAGCUCAAGCCUAGCGCGGGGUCUCUGCCAGACCAUGCGGCUGCACCAGCACAGGUCGAGGCGGCUCCGGAAGUCCAGCCGUCGCCUCCACAAACUAUAGACCCGGGGAACAUGCAGCUGGUCCCGGCCGACCCGUCCACGGUUUCCCCGGUUGAAAGUGACCCAGAAAACGCCGGAAGUUUCCACAGCUGCCGCUCUUUGGUCCCGAUGACCCCCACAACCCUAUGUCGAUCCCUGGCCCUGACUAAGAAAUCCGAGAGUGAGACCGUGCUGCAUCAAUUUUGCUGCCCCGCCCCUGAACAUACAGAGGCUGACACCACUGGCUCAUCCGGUGGACAGAUGCUGAGCCUGGAGGAUGGAACGUCCUCUGGUGGUGGACAGGAAGUGGAGGGGCCCAAGAGAGAGGGGCCAAGCGAAUAUGAGAUCUCCCUGGAGAAUAAAAACAAGCAGAUAGAAGAGUUGGAGCAGAAGUAUGGAGGCCAUCUUAUAGCGAGGCGGGCAGCCCGUCGUAUCCAGACAGCCUUCCGUCAAUAUCAGCUGAGCAAAAACUUCCAGAAGAUCCGUAACUCUCUGUCGGAGAGCAAGCUGCCCCGUCGGAUCUCCCUGCGGCAUCCAAGUCCUUCAGGCCGAAACCGGAACUCAACUCAGAGACACAGUUACAGUCUGCAUCCGGGAGGAGGACAGAUACCCUUACGCUCCAAAACUCCUCCGCCACCUCCAUGCCGCUCCACCUCUCUGCCCCCUUCCCCUGCAUCUGCCCCAGCUACUGGUCCUUCUCCUGCCCCAGGCCCAGCCCCACCUCAAACCCCUGGGCAAACACUCACACAGCUGGAGGACUGCUUCUCUGAACAACUUCAUUCCUUGGCCCAGUCAAUUGAUGACGCCCUUCGUGGUUGGAGCUUGUCGGAGGGUGGAGAGGGUAAGGGGCUACUUAUGGAUCCCGGAGCCCUUCGUGCAGCCGCUGAGAGUGCUUGUCUGCCCCGCAGUGCCAGCUCGUUGCUGAUGGCCUUCAGGGAUGUCACUGUUCACAUUGACAGCAAUAGUUCCUACACCAUCUCCUCUGCCACCACCACAACCACCACCUCUCUGGGUAAUGCAGGCGGGGGAGAGCCAGGAAGCAGGAAGACUUCUGUGAGCGGGAUGGCUGGGGGAGGAGAUGGCCUGUCAGCAGAGGAGCCAGAGUUUCCUGCACCUCCACCCAGUGAGGAGUUGGAAAUGGCUGAUAUAGGAUCAAGGAGAGGUUCAGCAGUGCCAGCUCCAGGUGGAGGUGGGAUGGAAGGGGAGAGCGGCUCAGACAGACUAGGGUCCACCUCCACUUCUACCUCUACUUCCACCUCUAUCUCCACCUCAGUCCAGUCUAACCAGCAGCCUGCUCAGAUUUACACCCAGUACCAGCAGUACCACUACACUCAUCCUCAGCAGAUUCCCGGGGGGCCGAGCCCCGAGGCCCUGCAGGCCCUGGUCGUCUCUCUGCCCAGGGACCGCUGCCAGGACCCAGCCUCCUGCCGCUCGCCAACACUGUCCACGGACACACACCGCAAACGCCUCUACCGUAUAGGACUCAACCUCUUCAAUGUGAACCCAGAAAGAGGCAUCCACUUCCUGAUCACACGAGGUUUCGUCCCGGACACGGCCAUCGGAGUGGCUCACUUCCUGCUGCAGAGGAAGGGCCUGAGCAGACAGAUGAUUGGAGAGUUCUUGGGGAACAGCAAGCUGCAAUUCAACAGAGAUGUUCUGGAUUGCGUCGUAGAUGAGAUGGAUUUCUCAGGCAUGGAGCUCGACGAAGCCCUGAGAAAGUUCCAGGCUCAUGUUCGUGUUCAGGGAGAAGCACAGAAAGUGGAGAGACUCAUCGAAGCCUUUAGCCAGAGGUACUGUAUGUGUAAUCCUGAUGUGGUGCAGCAGUUUCACAACCCAGACACCAUCUUCAUCCUGGCUUUUGCUGUGGUCCUCCUUAACACUGACAUGUACUCGCCCAACAUCAAACCCCAGCGCAAAAUGGGCCUUGAUGACUUUAUUCGCAACCUAAGAGGUGUGGAUGAUGGAGCAGACAUCCCCAGAGAGAUGGUCGCAGGCAUUUAUGAAAGGAUCCAACAAAGAGAGCUCCGGUCCAACGAAGACCACGUCACCUAUGUGAGCCGUGUGGAGCAGUCCAUCCUGGGCCUGAAAACCAUCCUCGCCGUGCCCCACAGACGUCUGGUGUGCUGCUGUCGUCUGUUCGAGGUGCCUGACGCCAACAAGCCUCAUAAACAGAAACUGUCCCAGCUCCAGAGAGAGGUCUUCCUCUUCAAUGACUUACUGCUGAUCCUGAAGCUGUGUCCCAAGAAGAAAAGCUCGGCUUCAUACACCUUCUGUAAAGCCAUGGGUCUUCUGGGAAUGCAGUUUCACCUCUUCAGCAAUGAAUACUACGCCCAUGGCAUCACCAUGUUGAGCCCAUUUACCUCAGAGAAGAAGCAGCUGGUGAGUUUCUGCUCCCCGAGCGGAGAAGAGCUCAGGAAGUUUGCUGAGGAGCUCCGAGAGGCUAUAACAGAGGUCAAUGAGAUGGAACAGAUACACAUCCAGUGGGAAUUGGAGAGGCAACAAGGCAUCCAGCCACACGGCAUACACACUAACGGCGGGCAAAUGGACACACACACAGGACACGGCUCUCCCUCAGGCCAACAGGAUCCGUAUGAUAAAACUGGCAACAACAACACAGUAGAGGUGUCAAUUCACAACAGGCUGCAGACCUAUCAACUGAGCCAGCCCAGCAUUGAGUCCACACCUCUGGCCCUGGCUGCGCCACCUGCCCUGCUCAGCCCCGUCCAGCCCGGGGAGCUCCGCCCAGAAACACUCAUCCAAUGCCAGCAGAUUGUCAAAGUGAUCGUUGUGGACCAGAGUGGGCGAGGGCGGAUGGAAGCCUUCCUCAGCCAAGGUCCGGCUACCCAUCAGCUCAUCCAGUCUGCCAUGUCCACACCUGUGCAUGUCAGAGAGGGGGAUGGCCCACAGCCCCCUCUGCCGCCUCCCCCACCCCCUUACAACCACCCCCACCAGUUCUGUCCCCCUGACUCACCCAUGCCCCUCCACCACACCAUGCCUCUUAUCCGCAGGCGCAACUCCAGCGGCUCCCGCAGCAUCGUCUAAGUGGCCGGCUACUCUACGAACCCUGGGGGCCAGACCCUCGCAUUCACACAUAACAACAAACACAUGCUGGAGCACUAGUUGACUCACUUUGAAUGGGAAGAUAAAAGCAUUGCAAAAAAAGUGAGGAAUAUACUGUAUGAGGGACAAAGGAAAAGGACACUAACAAGAAUCUAUUCAUAGUCUUGACUGACUGGUGUUUUUGAACGUGGAGUAGUUUCUCCAACGUGUCUCCCGGUAGCUGAUGGUGUUGUCUGUUUAGAUUUCACACUCUUCAAGAGAUUUUGUGACUUUGCAUUUUUAAAUGUCAUCUGUCCAACAAAUGUGUCUGUGAGCUAUGACCGUGAAACCGAGGGGCGAAGCAAACUCCGGCCGCCUUGGAAGGACAGGGGAUUGCUUUAAAUAUGAAGGACAAAACUACACAGCUCUUUGUUCGGUCCAGGUUUUAGAUACCAAACUCAGUGAGGAGUCAUCUCAGCAGAGCUAAUCUAGCUUCUCUUCGCUGUUUUUUUCCUCAUCUCUGCAUAAUGUGAAGAAACAAGAGUACCAGCUUAUUUAUUUCCUUCAUUUUCCAGGGAACAGAUAAUCAGUGUGAGGAAGACGGCGAAGAAAAAGGCUCUCACAUCUAUUCCCUGUAGUGUAGUGAACAAGGGUGUUGCUACUCACUAAACUAACCUAAAACCAUAUCCUGACGACAAUCAUAUUUUCCUGUGCUUCAUUGCUUUGCGUUCUGUGUAAGCAGAUAUCUUCACAGUGGUGUGUGACUGCUCUGAUUCUGUGACGUUUUGCUUCCACAGGGCUCAGGAAGGGAUUUGCUGCACUGUAACAUGUAAUAUCUGCACCUCUGAGUUGUGCUGAGCAGUGUACUUUGUGUUCCAUCUGCUUACUCAUGGGCAGCAGAGAGUAGGGCUGGUAAUUCAUCAAAACAAAGCUAAAACAGCCAGAUGAAGCCUUUUUCCUUCUGUAUAUUUACUCCUAAUGGGUUACCUGGUGUGAAUAUUGUUGUUACCUUUUGGAAUUAGGCAAUAUCUCUGCUCAGAAAACUCUUAGCUUACGUUUAAAAAUUAAUAGAAAUUGCUCCACACAAGGUAGGCCAAGGUCACCUCACAAAAACAUCACUCCCUGUCUCACGUAUUAUAUUUUUCCUUGCACACCGAAAAUGUUUUAAAAGAGGAGAUGUAUUCCUGAAUGUUAAUCGGGGAGGAAAACUGAAGAUGCCCGUGGAACAAUUAUUGACUUCAUCAUUGGGUCAUCUGUCCAGUGUUGAUGGUUCAAGCUGGAGUCAGUUUGUACAGCAGAUCACAAAUCAUCCAACCGAGACACACCGAACACGUCUUGUAUCUUUUGCACCACAGAAUAUAUUGGAUAUAUUGUAAAUAGAUAAUAUAGAUUUAUUCUGAAAAAGUGAUUGGUUUGCCCAGUGUGUGUAUCUACGUAUGUAUUUGUACAGAGAAGAAUCUAGUUUAAAAGAAAAAAAGAAUAUUAUAGUUAUUAUAGUUACUAUUAUUAUUAUUAUUAUUAUUCACAUUUAAUAUCAGGGGAGGGGGGGGUCCUAAAUCCUACUGCUAUGAGAGACAGGAAACAGGCAGCUUUUAUAGAAUACACUCUAGUUACCAUGGUAACAUACACUGAUAUUAUUACAGAUCUACAUUCAUCAUUAAAUUAUGUCAUAUUAUUAUAGAAUUAUUAAGAGAUGGCUGUGUCACCUGUUAAGGUGUGUAAAGGGCUAUGCUGUAUUGAUGAAUACGUACAGUAAAUCACUGGUCUCAAACACACACACAUGCACACACACACACACACACACACACGCACACACGCACACACACACACACGCACACACACGCACACACACACACACACACACACACACAGGCGCAUAAACAACCACACACACUGACGUACAUAAACAUGCACAUAGCUGCCAAAGCAACAACAAAUCCAGCUUAGAUUCACCUUCAGAAACUGCUUGAUUUCUCAAGUCAGAAAUCCCACUUUGUUUACUGUAAACUCUGACUGAGAUGUACUGUACAGCAUGAUAUUUCUUUUGUUUUUCUUUUCCAUUUACAGUACCAGGGCAGGGGAGGGGGAGGGUGUUUGAUUAUAUGUUUGUAUCAUUAUUGUCAGGGCAUGUUGAGUUGAUUGAUGUCAUUUUCUCCCCCCUCUCUCUCUCUACUUCCUCCCUCCUUUCUGCCCGACUCCUUAGCCACCCCGUCUUCUCCAUGGUUGUCAUGGAGACGCGCAGAUCUGCAUCCUCACUGUGGAGCACUGUCAUUAAUCUUGCACCCCCACAAUAUUUCUAAAAAGGAGAUUUCUUAAAGAUCAACAUGUUUACUAAUGGAAUAUUUCUAAUUUUUUCUGUUUGAAGAGAAUGAAAGAAUAAAGUAGUUUUUACUCUCGG